AUGAGCUCGGAAAAUUUGAAGCAAUUAAAACUGUGUUUAGCUGAAUGGAGUGUCGGAUCUGGAAAGGAAACGAAAGGAAUAAGGCCAAUUUGCUCGUCUUUUGAUAUGCAAAAACGUCUUGAACUUCUAGAAAACCAUUAUGAGAAGUCAUUAAGCGAUUUUGGACGUGCGAAAAAUGAUUUGGACAUUUUGGACAAACAUUUGGAAUUUAAUGGGAAUUUGUUACAAAGGUCUCAUCAUCUUCACUUCAAACCGACGUUCUAACACCACUUGAACAGCACCAACUAAUCCGUACCAACG